CAGUGUUUCAGUGUUCAUCAGUUUCUAUUUCUAUCUUUUGUUCAAUUGGGUGUCUCCAGUGCCUGCGAGCACAGUUCUCAUGUUCUUCGUCAUAACCGGAUAUCUUCUCUUCUGGUUCUUCGGUACAAGUGAGCAGGUUAAUCUACAGCGAGCACUGUUCCACAUCCGAACUGGACUGGUCAUCUUCACCUUCAGCCUAAUUCUGGCACCGAUUCUUCAUUCCCUUCUGGCCACGGUUAGCACGGAUAGUAUCUAUGCGAUGGCCGGCCUUUUCUUCCUACUCAACUGGGCGUGCACCGACUACACUACCCAACUGGCUGAUUAUGCUUAUGAGCCCGGGUCGAAUACAACAGCGUUCAGCUCAAGUCUGCUAGCGGCUCUCUGUCUGGCCAGCCGUCUCCCAACUCCAUAUCACACCUUCGUUCUGAUCGCUGCAGGAACCGUUUUGUUCGCAUUAUGGCCCUCGCUGGUUCAAGUAAUCAGGGUUCGCGCCGGAAAGGCUGGCCAGUUGUGCCUUACCAUUUUCGCUUUUGUAUUCUCCAACACGUUCCUGUGGCCCAUCGUCUAUCAUGAAGCUCCAAUGGAGUACAGAGUUCUCAUAUCCGUCGCAAACCUGACCUUGAUCGUCCUCAUAAACUUCAUCGGGCCGUGGGUUUUGGUUCGCAUGCAGAGGAUCAAGA